AAUUAGAAAUGUUUAAGACAUUCAAUGUUGUUAUUAAGUUUUUAUUUUAGUCGAAAUUAUUUCAUUAGCGAGAAGUUUUACUUGUUUUAAUUUUGAAAUGCAGUCUUGGAGGUCAUUGUUGAUAUUUUGUCUGUUUUUUUUAAACAUAAAUAAAUUUAUUUUAUCUGCAUCAAUAGGUGAUACUUGUGUUGAUGGAACCAAUAACCUAAGAGGAACAUGUCAACCCAUAUUUACCUGUCCCCACGUUCUGAGAUAUAAAAUCAGCGGUAGAAAUUACUCUAAAUGUGGAUUUAAUAAUAAUAAACAAGAAAUUGUAUGCUGUGCGGAAAAAAAGAUUAUUACAUCUGACAAUACAGUCCCCACCAACUUAGUUUUAAAGAAAUAUGCAAAAAAAUGUGAACAGUAUAAAGCGGAAUUGUUUGACACUGAAGUGUAUUCCACGAAAAUUUCUGCUGAAGGUCAGCCAAACAAAAUAAUAAUUUCCAAAUGUCGUGAAACCGUUUUUCCUUUGGUGGUCGGUGGUGAAGACGCACAUCCGAAAGAAUUUCCUCAUAUGGCAUUGUUAGGAUGCAAGGACGAGAAGGGAAAGUAUAGUUGGGUUUGCGGAGCUUCUCUAAUAAGCACAAAUUACCUGCUUACUGCUGCUCAUUGCCUGGAAACUACGAAAUGUGAAAAACUCGACAUUGUUCGCCUAGGAGACUUAAACGUGGAAAUUGAGACCGAUGAUGCUAAACCAAAAGAUUUUAAUAUUGCACAGCUUUUGCCUCAUCCAGAAUAUAAUACGUCUAUUAGAUACAAUGAUAUUGCCCUAAUUGAACUGAAAUCUGAAGUUCAAUUUAAUGAAUACAUAAGACCUGCAUGUUUACCAUAUCAAGACUUUAACAAUCAAUCCCAAUUAAUUGUAACCGGUUGGGGCAGUACCAAGCUAGCAGGAAGAAAUGCAGCACAUCUUCAAAAGGCAGGUGUUGAGUUAUUCGAAGAAGAUGAGUGUAAUGAAAUUUAUAGCGAAGAAGGAGAAAACACACUUCCAGCUGGAGUAAAAUAUAGAACUCAAAUAUGCGCCGGCUCGAAACAGGAUAUAAAGGACACUUGCCAGGGUGAUUCUGGCGGCCCACUGCAAUCUGUUCAUCCAAAUCAUCCCUGUAUGUAUUCAAUUAUUGGUGUAACGUCUUAUGGUCAAGCAUGUGGUAAUAUUGGUUACCCUGGAGUAUAUACCAGGGUGUUUAACUACAUCGAUUGGAUCGAGUCUGUUGUUUGGGACAAAUAAUGAGUUACCAAUUAAAUUUAUUUUUUGUUUGUUGUUUUUUAAAAAAUAUAUAUACCUAUUUGUUUACUUAAUUAA